CAGUAAGCCGCACCUGCCCAAAAGCUGGCUAGAGAAAAGAGGAUAGCUUAAAAUUCUGUUUUUACAGUUUGCUGAGUGUUGUAUAGCUUUGAGAAAGAAGAAGAAGAAGAAGAAGAAGAAGAAGCAUAUACUAUGUGGUUUCUAAGCAAAAAGGGUGCUUCUGGGUUCUCUGCAAAUUCAACAGCUGAGGAAGUAACUCAAGGAAUUGAUGGCUCUGCUCUUACUGCCAUUGUUACUGAACUAGAUCAUUGUAAUCUGUGGCAAAGUAACAAUGCAGGUAUCAUGGCAACCCCAUUCACACUUUCCAAGGAUAAGAUUGAGCUGCAAUUUGCAACAAACCAUGUUGGCCACUUUCUUUUGACAAAUUUAUUGCUGAAGACCAUGAAAAGAACGGCUAGUCAGAGCAGAAAAGAAGGGAGGAUUGUUAAUGUCUCCUCACGACGCCACAAAUUUUCGUACCAUGAAGGGAUUCGGCUUGACAAAAUCAAUGAUCAAUUAGGGUAUAAUGGCCUGUCUGCCUAUGGUCAAUCAAAGCUUGCCAAUGUGCUGCAUGCUAAUGAACUUGCUAGACGUCUGAAGGUACACAACUGAUCUACUAAACAGUUUAAUGUGUUUGAUGAUUGCUCUUUUCUAAUACAUUUGGUAAAAAUAUUCCACUAGAUCAUUGUAAAGGCAUGUCAUAUAAAGAUAAUAAAUCUGAGACUGACACUAGACCUAGUAAUUUUCGGAUGGAUUUACCAUGAUGAGUAAAAUCUCCUCGACGAAGUGGCAUACCAAAUGGUAGGAGGCUUUUGGCUUUGCGCUUUCUGCUAAACAAGUACUUAAAGCACACCUUUAAAUUUCAGCAUUUGCUAAAAAUGUUCUCACGAAAACAUCAUCCAUUGCAGUCCCUGUGAUAUUGCAUUGCAACACUUUUGAGUUACAAUUUUUAUCUUAAAAAUAUAUUAAAGCCCAUAGUCCCUGAAUAGAUAUUGGCAUAAGUAUCCUUUCUUCUUUUCUGAUUAGGCGUGCUAACCUAACCAGUAGACUUUGAAGUAGUUAGAUUGAAUUCUCUCUUUAACUAGCAUUGUUAGGCUUAAAGAACCUUUUGGUACUCUGCUUGUCAAGAGUAACAGCCUAACAGUAGAAGAUAAGCUUUUUAUCCAUUUUAAGAAUAAUAAUGUGGCCAUUUCCUUUAA